AGUGCGAAUCCAAUAAGAUGGAGCCCAGUAAAUGGGGUUUUAGAAAAGUAAAUCAUUUGAAGUUUAGGGUUUCAUUUUCCAUUUAGAUUUAGGGUUCCUCCGCCAUUUCAUCGUAGCAGAACCACAACCAGAACCAGAACCAGCAAAGAUGCCUUCACACAAGUCGUUCAUGAUCAAGAAGAAGUUGGCCAAGAAGAUGAGGCAAAAUAGGCCCAUCCCUUACUGGAUUCGCAUGAGGACUGACAACACCAUCAGGUACAAUGCAAAGCGUAGGCACUGGCGUCGCACCAAGCUCGGCUUCUGAGGUGGAUGCUCCUUUGCUCAGGGCUCGUGCCUUACCUAUCUUUUUUUUUUUUUGGAUUUUAGAUUUAAGAAUUUUUGGUAAUUGAAGUUUUGUGGAGCUUCGACAAUUUUCUGUUGAUGAGAUGUUAUUCUUGCUUAAUGGAGUAUUUCUAUGAGAUUACGAUCAACUUUUAAGUUUCAA